AUGGGCUACGGCGCGUUUUUCUGGGGUCUAGGUGUAUUGGCGGUUCGUCAUGCAGGACCACAUAUGUUCCAUACCAAUCUAGGUCGCUGUGUUACGGCCGUUGCUUCAUUACCAGCUGUUUACAUGCUAGUACCUAUUACUGAAGCAUUGCUAUCUCUUAAGUCGCAAGAAAGUCUUCCUGCUAUGGCACUCGCUACGGGUGUUGCAUGUAUUCUUGAUGGCAUCGCUCACACAUGGUUUCCAACUGCGUAUGAAAAUCCAGCAUUACAGAAAAAAAAUCCGCUGGCAGCUUGUGUCAUUUCAAGAUAUGGAUCUGGCUGGUUAUUGUAUCUUGUCGGCAUCUUUCUGACAAUGCUUGUAUUCAAAUAA